AUGGAGCUCCGGCGGCGCGAGCAUGAGCGCCGGCCGCCGCAAGUCGGGGCACGCCGAGUGGAUCCGUGCGAGAAGCAGGACGUGCCCGAGCGGUCCGCCGGUCCGCUCGAGGUGCUCGCCGUGAAGGAGGAGAAGAGUGGUGGUGAGUUGAGACUCGCUGCGGUGGACGGCGUUGUCAACAUCGACUCCGACUCCGACUCCGACCCCGACCCCGACCCCGACCCCGAUCGACCGACAGCGACUCCGAGAGCGACGGUCAGGCUCCUCCACCCCGAUCCACCGCGUUCCUCGUUUGCCCUCGCCCCAGAAGAGGUGUUGGUGUUGGGUAAUAAGAGAUCUUCAGUGAGAAAAGGUAGCAGUCAAGAGAAGCUCACAGGGAAAAAGAGGACUGCUGAUAUGCUCCAAGAAGAUUCACAGGCGGAGGCAGGGGAAGGCGCAGAGGAAAUAGUAGAUGGCCAGGUAGUAAGACUUUGCUUACUAUGCAUGUGUGAUACAGUAAUUGUUAUUUAUUUUCCUUCCUCUCUUAUAAGGAAUCUGGCAACAAGAAGUAGCAGUGACUUCAACAUAAGCAGUCAGCCAAACAAAAUCUGUGAGGCAGUGGCGCUGCUAAAUGAGCCUCAUUGGGAGAAGGUGAAGGAACUUGGCUUUGGGUCUUUGCUUGAUUUUAGAAUGGACAAAUGUGGGCCAUAUAACCUUAUAUUCUGGCUCAUGGAUCACCUCGACCCGGAUGACCAGGAUCCGGACACAAUGGUUCUUUAUUUUGGGGGCAAUAGAAAGCUUUUGAUAACCCAGCACACAAUAAAUUGUGUUCUGGGGCUGCAGAAGGGAAAAUUGGAUCCACCAUUGAUGCUUACAAACACACGCAAUCUCAAUGGACUAAAAUUACUAAGAGAGAAGUUAGGUGUUCCAGCAGGCAAACGUGUCAAGAUGUAUUACCUCGACAACUUAGAUUGUGAUCAGAAAAUGAGAUGUGUAGAGGUUCCACGCGCCAAAUUCUUUGGCAGUGAAAUGAUCCAGAAGUUGGUGAAGGCUGACAAGCAGGAGGAGGAUGGCUUGCCAAUUUUUGGGAACCUAAACCUAAGAAACCAAAGGGAUACCUGCUAUGAUGAGAGGGCAGAAUUAAGCAGACAUGUGACAACAUACAUGCCUAGCCCUGGCACCAGUGAUACUGAUAUUGUUGAUACCUUCCGUAGCCCGCAAAACCAGAUCCAGGUUGGUGGUUUAUCUUCUCACCAGAGUGUGUGUCCUCCGAAUAAAAAUAAUGCCAAGCAGCAGCAUCGGCAGCUCGACAUCAGACAGAUAGAGGAACCAGAAGAGAGAAGGGAAGAAAAUGAGGAUUGCCUGAUUGGUUAUGAUAACCUGCAAACUACGGUGUGUAAUUCAAGUGAGUUGUUUGUGCACCAGCAAACUGAUGGUGACAUUGUCAUGGCUACUGAGGGGACAACACCUCCCCAGGAGGCAUCAGACGAGUUCCAUGGUGAUGCAAAGGCUGUAUCAACAUUUGUUACUAUUACAGCAGAGGAUGUCCAAGGUGUAGCAGAGGAUGUCGUGCAGCUUGCCAGCACUUCCAUGAAGGAGCAAGUGAAUGAUUUCAUGGUAGGUUCCUCGGAGCAGGAGAUCCUACAGAAGCUAGACUCUCUCCUUCCACAGAUUCGGGCAUCAGUCGCUUUGGGUGUUCGGACCUCGGACCUGGAGCAGCAGGUCCAGGAGCUUACCGAGAAGCUAAGCAACAAGGAAGAGGAGCUUGAGGCAACCAGAGAAACACUGAGGGGAUCCUCACCAUUGCCAACAACGAGGAGGUGCUUGAGGGAACCAGAGCAAAGCUGA